CUCUCAGGCGCUGCGCUGAGACACCUAAAGGCGCGCCGCCGAUGUAGUCUUCACUCCACGCCAGUCAGCACGAGCACAGAGAUGUCAUCGCAGGAUUCUGAUGAAAACUACGAUUUAGUGUUUAAAAUCGUUCUCGUGGGAGAUGUCGGAGUCGGGAAGACGUGCGUGGUGCAGCGCUUCAAGAGCGGGCUGUUCAUGGAGAAACAGGGCAACACGAUCGGCGUGGACUUCACCAUGAAGACCCUGGACAUCCAGGGCAAGCGGGUGAAGUUGCAGAUCUGGGACACCGCCGGACAGGAACGCUUCCGCACGAUCACUCAGAGUUAUUAUCGCAGCGCUAACGGUGCCAUCAUCACGUAUGACAUCACAAACAGGGGCUCUUUCAUGUCGGUGCCGCAGUGGAUGGAGGACGUGAAGAAGUACGGCGGCUCCAACAUCGUGCCUCUCCUAAUCGGGAAUAAGUCGGACCUGCCGGAUCUCCGCCAGGUUCAAUUUUCUGACGCCCAGCUCAUGGCGGAUCAGCUGGACUUCAUCAGUGUCAUCGAGACUUCAGCCAAACACUCGGAUAAUGUGGAGCAGGCGUUCGUCACGAUGGCCAGCGAGCUCAUCCUGAGGCACGGAGGCCCGGUGUUCACCGAGAGCGUCAGUGACAGCUUCAAGCUCAGCAGCAGAGACCUGGGCGGGGCCGGGUGGGGCUGCGGGUGCUGAGGACCAAUGACAGCGGCCGGCUGGGGCUGCGUGUGCUGAGGACCAAUCACACGUUGCCGUACAGCGGCCGACUGGGGCUGCGGGUGCUGAAGACCAAUCACAGUGGCCGGCUGGGGCUUUGUGUACUGAGGACCAAUCACACGCUGCUGUACAACGGACGACUGGGGCUGCGGGUGCUGAGGACCAAUCACACGCUGCCGUACAGCGGCUCGCAGAAUGCCACUGUGAAGACUCGGGUGGGAAUGUUUUGAGUGAAACCUCACAUUUCAAAAUUAUAACCACCCAAAAUUUAUGUAAUCCUCAAGGCCCUAGCACACUGAAUCCGAAAUUUUCGUACGCGUUUUUAUCAUUUUUUGUAUUCGUGACUCGUGGCUCUGAAUUGUCAAAACACCAUUCCAACGCAGAAAAUUGUACCCGAUCAAAUUUUUUUCACGGCCGAAAGCUUUGGAAGCAAUAGGCAAGCUUGAUUGACAUAACGUGAGGUCGUAUUUAUUUUUUAACGUGCGAAAAUUUCGGACGCGAAUUUCUGACUCGGUGUGCAAGAGCCUUAACAAUUUGCCAGUCCACACUGAACGCAGAGCUACUGUGCAACGCGAUCACAGCCAAUCAGAGUGUGAGGCUUAAUGUGGAGCAAGAGUUCGGACCAAUGAGAUUUCAGGUGGGCGGGGCUAAUGGAAAUGGAAAUAGAAACUGAGCUGCUGAUGGCAGAUUAUCUCUCCGCUGUUGGUUUGGGGUUGUUAUCAUCUCCAGUGAAUCCCAUGACACACUUCAGCCUCAUUUCCUUUCAGAAUCAACUACAUCUAAAUUAAUAUUCCUAAUUGGUGUGCAAGUUUCCUUUUCAUCAGUAUUGACCAGAAAUUCUCUUCUUCUACUGGCCGUUGAAUUCUAUGCAUGAGAUCAGUAUCACACACACUCACUCUCUCUCUCUCACACAUUUAGCCAGUCUUUAAAUGUAAUGUUUGCAUUUAAGCCCAGAGUAUUCUUGGGUUUUUCCACGGAUGCUUCGUUUAAUCACACAUCCGCAUUGCGUUUUUGCACUAAUCGGUCAUUUCACAGUAGAAAACUAAACUAAACCCCAGAUGAGCAUGUGUGUGAGACCUUUAGUUUAUAAACACAGACAUUAUGAUCAGUCAUAACCUCUGGAGGGAAUAGCUCAGACUCUGGACAGAAUUGAGACUUUCUCGAGCAAACGUCUUCAGCGCCAAGUAAUAAUUUUCUGGUAAAGAAAAAUUAAAAUGUGCAAAAAAAGUCAAAUUUGAAUGCACUGUGAAGCAAGAGCCUGUCAUGAUGUAAUGUUAUCUGGCAAACGCUCCAUCGUGUUCUUGAGUUUGCGCUCGUGAGAUGCUCCUGUUUACAGCCGCGAGAAAUGCAGCCAAUCACAUCUCGUCUGAUGAGCUUAUGAACGCAUCAGCCAAUCAGAGGAGUCCCAGGCACCGCUCAGCGCUCCUGAAUAGCACAUGCUAAAAAUGCCAAAAUAGACAAGCGAUGUGAAUGCAGACUAAUAGAUUAUAAGAAACAUAUUCGUAUCAAUAUAUUUUUUACAUUUCAUUAAAUUAUUAGUAAUGAGUCUGACUUGAACAGCAAUGUAUUCUGACAAGUUUAAGAUUAUUUCAAGUAAAUGUUUAAUUGUUCAUCUUAGUAAAAUUAAAAUGUGAAUUUUUUAUAAACUUAUAAAGUUCAGGUAAAUGUUUAACUGCCCGUCUAAUCAAUCAAAUCUAUAAUAUAAUUAUAAAAUUUACAACAACUGCAAACAACUAAUGAAUUGAAAUGAAAAACAUGUUUAUUAUGAUGCAUAAAUCUCAAUUUUAACACUGAAAGAUAACGUACAGACAGUGAUGCACGCGCAGCAAUAAUAAUGAGCACAGAUCUGAUCUGUCUGGACAUCAAAUAACGUAUUCUUGAUCAUAAUAUGGUUAGUGUACUGUACUUGGCCAGGCCACACACUCGAACGGUUACAGAUGAGCUUGGGCUGUAAUAUCUCCAUUACUGUGGUGAACGGCCCUCUGGGUAAUGACAGGUGCGUGGUUGCUGGACUGUGACGUGUUCUGUCUAAUGCACGUGUUUUAUAUCCGAUUAAAAAACAGACACUUUUGAACUGAUGUUUAUCAAAACAUGGGCAUUGCUAUUUUAUACAUUUUGCAUUCAUUUAUACCACAAAGCCUUGUAGAAAAUUAUAAUAAACUAGCUUUUUAAACAUUUUUCUGAUAACAUUGUACUGUUAAAUUUGUGGCAUAAUUGCACUGAAUAAUGAGGGAAUGACAUCAUCAGUUGUGGGUUCAUGAAUAACCAGAGCCGUUUAUAUUCGUCUGCAAUUACUAAAAUACAUGCAUAACUGAUCUGUCGUCAGUGUGUGUGUGUGUGUGUGUGUGGCUACACUCUUCUGGUUCACAGAUGUGUAGUGUCCAGAAGUUCAGGAGUUAAUGUGUUAAACACAGUAAUGUCAGAUCUACUUGAAGGAAAUCAUGAGAAAUUAUAGUGCCUUUCAAAGCAGUUUUUAAUCUUGUAGUUUGUUUUCAUGUUAAAGUCAUCAUGUUAUAUUUCUAUUAAUUUUUUUUCUUUUGUCAAUCAGUUAAAUGUUUUGAGAGACGUGAUCAAUUUGUAUUUGGUGAUAAAUUGUGAUAUUAUUUUAUCAAUAAAGCUAUUAGCAUAUCUUUUAUUUAA